AUGACUCCAGGGCCAAAGGAACCAACAGGAUCACAGCUUCAGAAUUACAUGAGACUCGUUGUUGAUGACCUCCUCCAGCUUUAUGACGAGGGCAUCAUAUAUCAUACUCCUGCAUAUCCACAAGAACAUGGUGCCCGAUGGACUGAACUUGCCCGCCUCCCAUAUUUUGACCUUGUACGACAAACUAUCAUAGACCCGAUGCACAAUCUUCUUCUAGGGAUUGUUAAGACGCAGUGGUACAAUCGAUGGAUCCAAAACUCGGCACUUCGUGCUUCAACCGAUGCCCGAGCUCGUGAACUCGACAUGAUACACAAGUUCCUCGCCUCCUUCGAAGCACCAUUAUGGGCUGGUAAACUGCCACUCCGUGUUGGAGAACCUGCGGGAGGCUCGCUGACAGCCGACGAGUACAAAUUUGCAGCGCUAACUGCAUGGCCCAUCAUUAUCCCGAUUGUUUGGCAAACCUUCAUCAACGAGUCGGACAAAGACUUCGAAUCUGCACGGAAGCGCCAUCUCAAGGCCCAAGAAAAAUUCAACAAGGACUUCAUGGCGUGGAAAUCGCGUCAAGAACUUCCACAGGGUAGUGCGAACACGGGAAAGAGAGGUAACCGAAGCAAGGAGGAUGCUGAGCCUAAACCUCCGAAGCAACCUAAUGUCCGCAUGCAGCGUGACGAGCCAACUAACCUACUACGUCUAUCAACUGCACUUAAGAUAUUUUGUGGAAGCUCUAUGUAUGGCGAAGGAUCCAUGAAGCCCAAUUUUCACUGGGCCGUUCACCUCGCCCAGCAAAUCAGAGACUAUGGGCCUGUAUACAACUUCUGGGCGUUCCUGUCCGAGCGACUCAACAAGGUUCUGAAAAGUUCUAACUCGAACAACUGGACAGGUGGGCAGGUCGAAAUCUCGAUGAUGAGGGAGUUCAUGCGUGCGGCACAAAUUGAUUCCAUGGUCAGCGGUUUCACAUGCUAA